CGUCAAAGUUGUUUGCAGGUAGUUUUUCGAGUAGAGAAACGCCAACGUCAUUCUUAAACUUUCUACAGGGCUUAUAUAAGUAAAUUCAUGAUUCAAAGACGCUUGUCAGUGUCAGUUAGAAGCCGGUAAACGCUGAGGACAAAAAUUUCGUACUCGAAAAGUAAAGAUUAAAAUUUUCGUUUUCUUGUGCUUAAUAGAGACUGUAGACAACGAUGGCCAGUUCAGAAAGAAAGGUUCCCAUCCUCAAAACAGACUCUCGCGUCAUCGACCAGGAAUUCAAUUCCAUUCGAGAGCGUUUUGAUGCCGAGAUGAAACGUAUGGAGGCGGAGAUGACCAGAUUCCGGUCGCAGUUGAUGGACCGUGAGGGCGAUUUUCUAUGCAGUAGCCAGUCUCAACGCACCAGCGCCACACAACCGGCAACUACCACAGACAAGGCAGAACAACAUUCUUGGCUAGACCGUCUCGACUCGCCCCUUAUCCAAGAGGGAGAAGAUGGCAAGGAACUCAAGCUACGAUUUGACGUCAGUCAAUAUGCCCCAGAGGAAAUCGUGGUGAAAACGGUAGACAACCGACUACAGGUGCACGCCAAGCAUGAAGAGAAGUCGGAUUCCAAGCAAGUUUACCGUGAAUAUAACAGAGAAUUUUUGCUGCCUAAAGGAUCCAAUCCCGAAAUGAUCAAAUCCUCUUUGUCGAAAGAUGGCGUUCUGACGAUCGAAGCACCACUACCGGCCUUGGAAGGAAAGAAGGAACGAAUGGUUCCUAUUGACAGUGCUUAAAACGCAAAUCAAAACAAAAAUAAAUAUAUGUAGACCU